AGGGUGACGGGAACGCGGUAGCCUUCCUGGAGGAGACUAGGUGCGCCUGCGCAAUCGCGUGGCCGCUCCAGUCUGGAGAUGAAGCGUGUUUUCUCGUUGCUAGAAAAGAAUUGGCUUGGUGCACCGAUACAGUUUACCUGGCAAAAAACAUCAGGAAACUACCUUGCAGUAACAGGAGCUGACCAUAUUGUAAGAAUCUUUGAUCGCCAUGGUCAAAAAAGAAGUGAAAUUAACUUACCUGGUAAUUGUGUUGCUAUGGAUUGGGAUAAAGACGGAGAUAUCCUAGCAGUGAUUGCUGAGAAAUCUAAUUGCAUUUAUCUAUGGGAUGCCAACACAAAUAAAACCAGCCAGUUAGACAGUGGCAUGAGGGAUCAAAUGUCUUUCCUUCUUUGGUCAAAAAUUGGAAGUUUCCUGGCUGUUGGAACUGUUAAAGGAAAUUUGCUUAUUUAUAAUCGUCAGACAUCUCGAAAGAUUCCUAUCGUUGGAAAACAUACUAAGAGAAUCACAUGUGGAUGUUGGAGUACAGAAAAUCUGCUUGCUUUAGGUGGCGAAGAUAAACUUAUCACAGUUAGUAAUCAGGAAGGUGACACAAUAAAACAGUCACCAUUGAAAUCAGAGCCUGGCAACAUGCAGUUUUCCACGAGGAGCGAUGAUCGAACCUCUACUGCUAAAACCAUAAUAAGUGCGGUGCUUGGCAAGAAAACUUUGUUUCUUUUUAAUUUGAAUGAACCAUAUAACUCAAUUGAUCUGGAAUUUAAGCAGAACUAUGGCAACAUUGUCUGCUAUAGUUGGUAUGGUGAUGGCUACAUCAUGGUUGGUUUUUCAUAUGGAAUUUUUGUGGUCAUUUCCACUCAUAUUCAAGAGAUUGGUCUAGAGAUAUUUCAAGCUUAUGAUUAUAAAGAUAAUCUAACCAGUAUUGCAAUAUCACAGACCCUUAACAAAGUUGCUACAUGUGGUGAUAACUGCAUUAAAAUCCAUGGCUUGGCUGAAUUAAAAGACAUGUAUGCUAUAAUCAACCUGGAUGAUGAAAUUAAAGGGUUGAGUACCUUGUCCUGGACUGAUGAUGGCCAGUUGCUGGCGUUGUCUACCCAAAGGGGCUCACUCCAUGUUUUCCUGACCAAGCUUCCCAUACUUGGGGAUGCCUGCAGCACAAGGAUUGCAUAUCUCACCUCCCUCCUUGAAGUCACUGUAGCCAACCCUGUUGAAGGAGAGCUACCGAUCGCAGUUUCUGUUGAUGUGGAACCCAACUUUGUAGCAGUAGGACUUUAUCAUCUGGCUGUGGGAAUGAAUAAUCGAGCUUGGUUUUAUGUCCUUGGAGAGAAUGGUGUGAAAAAAUUGAAAGAUGUGGAGUAUCUGGGGACAGUAGCCAGUGUUUGCCUUCAUUCAGACUAUGCUGCUGCUCUUUUUGAAGGCAAAGUCCAGUUACACUUGAUAGAAAGUGAACUCUUGGAUACUCAAGAAGAGCGUGAGACUCGACUCUUCCCAGCAGUGGAUGAUAAGUGCCGGAUCUUAUGUCAUGCCUUAACUGGUGAUUUCCUCAUCUACGGCACGGAUACUGGUGUCAUCCAGUAUUUCUACAUUGAAAACUGGCAAUUCGUUAAUGAUUAUCGACAUCCUGUCAGUGUGAAAAGGAUUUUCCCUGACCCCAAUGGGACCACAUUAGUUUUCAUUGAUGAAAAAAGUGAUGGAUUUGUCUACUGUCCAGUAAAUGAUGCUACGUAUGAGAUUCCAGAUUUUCCACCAACCAUUAAAGGUGUACUUUGGGAAAACUGGCCAUUGGAUAAAGGUGUUUUUAUUGCUUAUGAUGAUGAUAAGGCAUACACCUAUGUCUUUCACAGGAACACUAUACAAGGAUCCAAGGUCAUUCUGGCUGACGGCACCAAAAUUCCCUUCUCUCAUAAACCUUUGCUGUUGUAUAAUGGAGAGCUGACCUGCCAGACACAGAGUGGACAAAUCAACAAUGUCUACCUGGACACUCACAGCUUCCUCAACAAUUUAAAAGACGUGGGGCCUAAUGAGCUGAGGCAGAUGCUGACACAGACCUUGGUGCUGAAAAGGUUCUCUGACGCGUGGGAACUCUGCACGAUUCUGAAUGAUCACGACGCCUGGAAUGAGCUGGGCAGGGAGUGCCUCCAUCACAUGGACGUGGAGUUCGCAAUCCGCGUCUACCGGGCUGUCGGAAAUGUCGGCAUGGUGAUGUCCUUGGAACAAAUAAAGGGGAUCGAGGACAACAACCUUUUGGCGGGGCAUCUUGCCAUGUUUACUAACGAUUUCAACCUGGCUCAGGACCUGUACCUGGCGUCCAGCUGCCCCGUGGCUGCGCUGGAGAUGAGAAGGGAUUUGCAGCACUGGGACAGCGCUCUACAGCUGGCCAAGCGUUUAGCCCCGGACCAAAUACCACUUAUCUCCAAAGAAUAUGCUAUUCAGCUUGAAUUCACGGGUGAUUAUGUAAAUGCUUUGGCUCAUUAUGAGAAAGGAAUAACAGGUGAAAAUAAGGAACAUGAUGAGUUGUGUCUGGGCGGAGUGGCCCAGAUGUCCAUAAGAAUGGGAGACAUACGGGCGAGGGGGUUAAACCAAGCCCUCAAGCAUCCCAGCAGGGGUCCCUUAAGAGAGACUGCGGGGCCAUCCCUGGAGAAUAUGAAAGGUUUGCUCUUCUGUGCUUACAGAUUCAUGUGAAUCUCAUACAUAACUAGUAGCNNAUCUGUUUACAUACGCUAUAAGAAUUGGGCAAAAGUCGGUGAGCUUCUGCCUCAUGUCUCUUCCCCAAAGAUUUACCUGCAGUAUGCCAAAGCCAAAGAAGCGGAUGGGAGAUACAAAGAAGCUGUGGUGGCUUAUGAGAACGCAAAGCAGUGGAACAGUGUCAUCCGAAUCUAUCUGGAUCACCUCAACAAUCCGGAAAAGGCUGUCAGUAUCGUCAGAGAGACCCAGUCCCUGGAUGGAGCCAAAAUGGUAGCCAGGUUUUUCCUACAACUCGGUGACUACGGAUCUGCCAUCCAGUUUCUUGUCAUGUCCAAAUGUAACAAUGAAGCGUUCACACUGGCUCAGCAGCACAACAAGAUGGAAAUCUAUGCAGAUAUUAUUGGUUCUGAAAACACUACUAAUGAAGACUAUCAAAGCAUUGCCUUAUAUUUUGAAGGAGAAAAAAGGCAUUUUCAGGCUGGAAAAUUCUUCUUGCUGUGUGGCCAAUAUUCACGAGCACUUAAACACUUCCUAAAAUGUCCAAGCUCGGAAAAUAAUGCAGCAAUCGAAAUGGCAAUUGAAACUGUUGGUCAGGCCCAAGAUGAACUGCUGACCAGUCAGCUGAUAGACCACCUGAUGGGGGAGAGCGACGGCCUGCCGAAGGAUGCCAAGUACCUGUUCCGCUUGUACAUGGCCCUGAAGCAAUACCGGGAAGCCGCCCGGACUGCCAUUAUCAUCGCCAGGGAAGAGCAGUCUGCCGGAAACUAUCGGAAUGCACAUGACCUGCUCUUCAGUAUGUACGCAGAACUUAAAUCCCAGAAGAUCAAGAUUCCCUCGGAGAUGGCCACCAACCUCAUGAUCCUGCACAGCUACAUUCUAGUCAAGAUUCAUGUUAAAAAAGGAGAUCAUAUGAAAGGGGCACGUUUGCUUAUUCGAGUGGCCAAGAACAUUAGCAAAUUUCCGUCACACGUGGUGCCGAUCCUGACGUCCACGGUCAUCGAGUGUCACCGAGCAGGCCUGAAGCACUCGGCGUUCCGAUUCGCAGCCAUGCUGAUGAGACCCGAGCACCGCAACAAAAUCGAUGCCAAAUAUAAGAAGAAGAUUGAGGCCAUGGUCAGGAGACCAGAUACCUCUGAGACAGAAGAGGUCACCACCCCAUGUCCAUUUUGUCAAUUUCUCCUCCCGGAAUGUGAACUCCUCUGUCCUGGUUGUAAAAACAACAUCCCAUAUUGCAUUGCAACAGGUCGACAUAUGCUGAGGGAUGAUUGGACAGUGUGCCCACACUGCGACUUCCCUGCUCUGUACUCAGAAUUUAAGAUCAUACUGAACACUGAAAGCACAUGUCCCAUGUGUUCAGAAAGAUUGAACUUUGCUCAACUGGAGAAGAUCUCAGACUGCACCCAGUACCUGCAAACAGAGGUGGAGCCGUGAGUGGCAUGUGCAGAUAUGUUCCUGGGAAGACAGCAUUUUUCCAUAGAAGGCUGUGUUUAUACCCUUGAUGGACCUUCCCGGGUACAGAAGACAAAAACCAAGGUGACCUUUCCAGGUUGCCCCUUUCAACUUCUACAGAGUGACAAAACAGUAACAUAUAACACUGCUGUUUAUUACACUUCGUAUAUUUCCUCUUCAGAGUCUUACAGAUUAUAUGUUCUGCAUUGUUAAUAGUCACCUGUGACAUAAUUGUAAAUAUUCAGCUUUUUUGAAGUAUGUCCUUUAAAAUAAAAUUGCUAACUAGA